GGAGGACAUGGGAAAUAUAGGGGAGGAGAUAGAAGAAGGAAACAGCGAGGGAGAAAAAGAGGAAGAGAGAACAAUAGCCAAAUGGCUGCCUCUGUCAUGUCUUCAUUGGCUUUGAAACCAGCUCCAGUUUUAGAGAGGUCACAGGUUAGAGGCCUCCCAUCCUUGGCAAGGUCCUCUUCUUCUCUGAGAGUCAGGGCCAGCGCUGGCAAGAAGAUCAAGACAGCAACACCCUAUGGUCCAGGAGGAGGGAUGAACUUACCAGAUGGAUUAGAUGCAUCCGGGAGAAGGGCCAAGGGGAAGGGUGUCUAUCAGUUUGCGGACAAGUAUGGUGCAAAUGUUGAUGGUUACAGCCCAAUUUAUUCACCAGAAGAAUGGUCUCCAAGUGGUGACGUCUAUGUUGGAGGAACCACAGGACUGUUAAUAUGGGCUGUUACUCUUGCUGGACUACUACUAGGAGGUGCUCUUCUUGUGUACACCACCAGUGCUUUAGCUCAGUAGAGCUGCAGCAGAGUUAUCCUCCUGCGUCGCCAUUAAGUUUCUUCGGAAUGUCUCAUAAAUGCAGUCCCCUUAUGGUUAAAGCAUGCCCCAGGGAUCACUAUUCAUGGACAAUAACAUGGUUGUAACGAAGUUGCUAAGGUGUAGAUAUAAAUAAUAUAUAAAUCUAGCACAAAUGCUUGCGCUCAUC